CAAGCCAGUUGCUUGUUCGAAGUCAAACAGAGUGGACGUUCCAGUGGAUCUUGUAUUUAAAUCUUUGAUUGCAAAAAGGCGUUUUCGAUUCGCUGGACUAUUGGCUGUUUUAUAAGUUAGAAUCUGACCUUUGCGUCAAUGGCUUAAAAACUAAAACAAUUUUUUUUUUCUCUUUGGGUUGAGGAUUUUUAUGUUUUGUUUGUAAAGAAAUGUUUUCAUUGGAGCAUCUUUUCGGGGCGUUCAGUAUUUGGGCUAGCGUACCAUCUUUCCUCAUGUAUCUUUUGUUUUACUCGUCAUUCGAAGACAUUGAUCCAGAAGGACCUAUCAAGGAUACCAAGACAUUCCGGACGGAAUAUGAUUUCAUCGUCAUCGGGGCAGGAUCGGCCGGAGCCGUUGUGGCCAACCGGCUCACUGAGGAAUCCAACUGGAAAGUGUUGCUACUGGAAGCUGGAGGAGAUGAAACCAUGUCUACCGACGUCCCAGGUGCUGUCCAGUAUCUCCAGCGUACCAACAUUGACUGGCAGUAUAAAACGGUGCCACAGGAAGGCGCUUGUCUUGCUUUCAAUGACAACAGGUGCAACUGGCCUCGUGGUAAAGUCCUCGGUGGCUCGUCCGUCCUCAACUACAUGUUGUACGUCAGAGGAAACAAAAGAGAUUACGACGAGUGGGAAUCUUUUGGAAACACUGGAUGGUCCUACGAUGAUGUUUUGCCAUAUUUCAUUAAAUCGGAAGACAACCGCAAUCCCUACAUAGCAGCCAAUAAGAAAUACCACGGGACAGGAGGUUACCUGACUGUCCAGGAACCUCCUUACAUUACGCCACUGCUCAACACUUUUAUUGAAGCAGGCGUAGAAAUGGGAUACGAAAAUAACGACGGCAAUGCGGCAAGUCAGACAGGUUUCAUGAAGGCUCAGGCAACUGUCAGGAGAGGGUCGCGAUGUUCCUCUUCAAAAGCUUUCCUGAGGCCUGCCCGCAAACGUCGCAAUUUGGACAUUUCAAAACAUUCGCUGGUGCACAAGAUCGUUAUCGAUCCAUCAACCAAACAAGCGACAGCAGUCCGUUUCGAGAAAAAAGGUGUUAUGUAUCAAGUCCAGGCCAAAAAGGAAAUUAUUCUGUCAGCCGGAUCGGUCAACAGCCCGCAGUUGUUGAUGUUGAGCGGGGUAGGUCCCGCCGAUCACCUGCAAUCGCUCGGCAUUCCCGUAAUUGCAGAUUUACCUGUUGGCAAUAACCUGCAAGAUCACAUUGCAUUGGGUGGCAUGAUAUUCACAGUGGACAAACCUUUCGGCGUGAUGGAUUUUCGGUAUUUUACAUUUCCAGCGGUGCUCAAUUACACGAUCAAUAGGGCCGGACCUUUGUCAACGUUGGGUGGUUGCGAGGGACUCGCCUGGGUCAAUACGAAAUACGCUGAUGCAACUGGUGAUUGGCCAGACAUUGAAUUUCACUUUGUUGCGGGAGCGCCUCCAUCGGACGGCGGAAAUGUCAUCAGAUACAAUCACGGCGUCAAAGAUUCUACUUGGGACAAGUAUUACAGGCCACUGGAACACAAGGACACGUGGCAAUUGAUUCCCAUGUUGCUGCGUCCCAAAUCGACGGGAACUAUCCGGCUAGCAUCAACUGAUCCGCACACUGCUCCGUUGAUUGAUCCGAAAUAUUUCGAUAACGUCCAGGAUUUGAAUGUUCUCGUCGAGGGCACGAAAAUCGCUUUAGCUCUGAGUAAAACAAUAGCUUUCAGAAAAAUGGGGAGUAAAUUCUACGAUAAGAUGUUCCCCGGGUGUGAACAGUUCACGCUGUACACAGAUGACUACUGGGCCUGUUUCAUCCGCCAUUAUUCGUCCACCAUUUAUCAUCCAGCCGGUACCUGCAAAAUGGGUCCGUCGACGGAUCCAACAGCCGUCGUUGAUCCCCGAUUGCGAGUUUACGGAAUUCAAGGGCUCCGUGUUGUCGAUUGCUCCAUCAUGCCUAAUGUCGUGUCUGGCAACACCAACGCACCUGCGAUUAUGAUUGGAGAAAAGGCAUCGGACAUGAUUAAAGAGGAUUGGUCGCAGAACAGAAACGCAGAUACUCAGUUAGACGAUUCAAUUGAUGAAAACGGAAAGAUAAAUAUGAAAAUAUUAGAAGAAGAUCCUGAAAGAGACGCGUCAGACUCCAAUUCGUUGAACUGAACAUUUCCUAGCUCACCCUGUUAUUGUUUUAAGUUGAUCGACGUGUCGUGUACAUGUUGAGAAUCCAUUGAAGCGAACAAGCUGUUCAUAUACUGUAGGCAAUACAAAUUUUCUAUGUACUAAAUGAAUACCAGCACUACCCGAUGCACACACCAAAUAACCUAUGUCAUAACCAAACUGCCUGACCGCAUAAAUCAAAAUGCUUAAACUAAUGAAAUAAUUCUGUCGUUUUUGGUUCAUAAGAUUGAACAACACAAUAACUAUAACUGUUUUUGUAUGAAAAUAAAAUUGUUUUUCGUA